CUCAAUGCAAUUAAUAACACAGAAAACAUUAUAAUUCCUGUAAAGGAUGUAUUACAAAAGGAAUCUGGACAAUACGUGGUCGGAUGCAACACAUUUUCAGGCGAUUGGUGCUCGACGAUUAUUUCCAUGCUGGGACAACCCGACAAUAAUGGCCACUUUCAAUAUUUCUAUAAAACAUUAUCGUAAAUACAAAGUUUUUUCAAAUAUGCCGAUACAAAUAGUGGAAAUACAUAAACAUAAACAAUAUAAAACGGAAACAUAUUUGUGGACAUAUUUUGACAUCACUCCUGCAAUGUCCACUCAUAUCGUGACGCUUGUGAUUACGCCAAUAACUGCCCUUUAUAAUUUUCGCACGUAUCAUUCUGCAGUACAUAUAACAUUAUACACAAGUAAUAUCAUUAUAUGGUUUAGACCUGAACUAUCCAAUCAUAUUAAAUAUGCUCAUAAGGUUGCACAUGAAAUAAUGUUACAAUUGAAAGACAAAUGGGGAAGCUUACAGAUUCCAACAGUUCAAUUUACCGCAAUUUGUGGUUUGCUAUACGACAAUCAGAACUGGGGAUUAGUGUUAAAUAGAGAAAUAAAUAUUCUGUACGAUGAAAAACUACAUUCUGUUGGGCAUAAAAUAAAUGUCGCGCAGUUGAUAGGACGUGAGAUGAUAUAUCAAUGGUUUGGUAAUUUAAUCAAUCCAUUGUGGUCGUCUCACUUAUGGUUAAUCGAUGGCCUUACUAUAUUGUUUGCAAUGGAUGCCAUCAAUUCUAUCGAGAAUUAUAGAAAUCCCGAAAUGUUAGAUUUAUUUAUUGUUCAGGCUCAAUUUGAAUCUCUUCGUUUGGACACUCUUUCUUUCAUGAAUGCGCUUAAUUCGACAACUCCCGAUGAUUUCUGGGCCGUUAUGCAAACUACUGUAGAUGAAUCACAUGAUGAUCCCUAUAUUAAAAAACACAUGCCUUCUUUAAAAAUGAUGAUAUAUAAUUGGACCAGUAUGGAUUAUCCAAUGUUGAAAAUAACGCGAGAUUAUUAUAAAAACAGAUACUAUCGCGUUAAUUAUGAUCCCGAAAACUGGCAAAAAAUUGCAAAAUAUUUGAACUCUAAAGAAUUUACGAAAAUACAUGUUCUCAAUCGUGCUAAAAUUAUCGACGACGCAUUUUAUUUUAUGGUAGAGCAGCAACUCGAUCCUUCUAUAUUCUGGGAAUUAAUAAGCUAUCUUGCACGAGAGACAAAUUAUAUAGCUUGGUAUCCUAUGAUUAAAGCUCUUGAAUACAUGUCGAGCGUUUUUCCACUUCCAAAUGAAGAAGUCCAAAAUAUUAAGUACAAAAUAACAACAAUGUUGCGCUUUCUAUUUUGGAAGAUAAAUUACGAAGAAGAUUCUAAGGAAAAUGAUCUUACUAAAUGUUUAAGGCAAGAAGGCAUUAAAUGGGCAUGUAUUCUCGGUGAAUCGGAGUGUCAGAGGGUAGCUCAUGAUAGAUUGUUAGAGCAUAUUCAAAAGCUGAAAACAAAUAAAUAUUAUAGACUUUUGCCAUGGUGGGAAGAAUGGAUAUACUGU